CGCCCACAUCCUCCCUGAUCUGUGGGAGAGAGGCGUGCUGCAGCUGUGUGGGAUCUGUUUGCUGUGGAGAGAGAGAGCUAGAGAGACGGGAAGGAGAAAGAGAGCGAAUGAGAGGAGGAUCUCUCAUAAAUGCUAGGAUCAGAGGACGCCGCUUUUUUGUUUCUUGUGUGGACUAAAAUAAAACUGUCUUUAUUCAGGUCCUCGGAGAGCUUUGUAGCACCAUGUCAUUAGCGUUUGAAGUGCGUUUGGUGGAAUGAGAGGGCAGUUUGUGAGCAGAUGAUGGACGUUGAGACGUCAUAUACAGAGUUCAUAAACUGUGAUCGUACAGGUCGCAGGAACGCGGUGCCAGACAUUCAAGGAGAGGCAGUAGUGAAGGGCACCAGUGAACUAACCAAAGACCUGGCUCAGAUGGACCUGAAAGCUGCAGAGGGAGAUGCUUCCGGAUCUCCAGCCCCUGAAGCAGAGGCAUCUGGGAGCCAGGAUAAACAGGGGACAGAGGGACCGUCAUAAAGAUCAAGAAUGACCUGGAGGAGAGAGGAAAGCUGGGGAGUUCUCUCCUUUUCUCAUUAAAAUUCUCCUCAUCUUUGCUCACCAGGCAGCAGUGAAGAGUCUCUUUCAUAGACUGCCAUUAAGGUGGACGUCCACCCAUUGCAUGCUGUCGAGUGCCUAAAAGACAGAUGGAGAAGACACUGCCUUUGCAAACACCACUAAAUGGGACGAAUCUGUCGAGGACUGUAUUCAUUCACAGCACUGAGUGAGGGAAAAGAUAGUUUUUUGUAACAGAGGUCGAACAGAAGCACAGGCAUUUUGAUAUUUUUCCAACCUAAACUUAAACUAAGCAGUUCAAUCCUGUUGAGUUACUGGUUAAACAAAUACUCAGAGCUACUGUAAACUAUAAAUUACCAAAUAUAGCCUUUUUGUUACAGCUUAUGACAAGGAUGGCUCAGUUAAACAAUUAUUAUUAUUCUUUUUUUUUUAAACAAUGACCACUACAGUUGAAGGAUGUCUGAUUAUACAACAUAAUUCCCAGAUAUUACCUGAGGUCAGAAACUUCAUUAUAUAAUAUUACACAAAUGUAACAUAAUUAACAAUGUUUGUGUAGUAUCUGAGUUACUGUUUUCUGCCUCUGGCACUGUUUUCUGUGUUUUGUCAAUUUCUCAGAAACACUCGUUGAAACACUGCAUUUAUAUCGUGACCUAUAAAUAGAAGUACCUCGAAAUAAACCGGAAUGACAUGAUUGCUUUCAGUGUCUUAUUUGUGUAUU